AUGGCUCCCCAGAGAGAGCGUAUCCCCACCCAAUGGACCCUGAAGGGUCCCCAAGACGACAGCCCCUCCGUCAAGCUCACGGGCAGUGAUAAGGACCUCUCCUUCGACUUUACAUUCGAGACGAUCCGUCCCAAUGUCUUCAGGACAAGGUUCACGUCGGAAAAGUAUCCGAUCCCACCCUUCCCCAGCAUCCCCGAACCCAAGCACGACCUCUCGUCCGGACCCAAGCCCGUGGUGACGAGUGCUGGGCAGAUCAAGACGAUCGCGAUUGGCGACUUUGAGGCCUCGGUCGACUGGGAGACGUCGACGACGCCGGUCGUGUCCGUCUCCCACAGAAGUGGCGGCGGCGACGGCGCGGAGGCGGAGAAGAAGGACAGGAAGCCGCUGCACACCGACAUCCCGAACCGGUCGUACACGGCCAACGGCGACGGCAUCGCCCACUUCACCCGCUACAACCGCGGCACCCUCCACGUCGGGCUGGGCGAGAAGGCGGCGCCCAUGGACCUCUCGGGCCGCAAGUUCGACCUGGCCGCCACCGACAGCUUCGGGUACGACGUGUACCGCACGGACCCGCUCUACAAGAACAUCCCGCUGCUCAUCAACGCCACGCCCGACGGCUGCGUAGCCACCUUCUCGACCAUGCAGGGCCGGGGCAGCUACUCGGUCGGGUCCGAGAUGGACGGCAUGUGGGGCUUCUACAAGGUGUACCGCCAGGACUACGGCGGCCUGGACGAGUACAUCAUCGUCGGCCGUACGCUGCGGGACGUGGUGUCGACGUACGCCCAGCUCGCCGGCUUCCCGCUCCUCGUCCCCCGCUGGGCCAUGGGCUACAUCUCGGGCGGCUACAAGUACUCGAUGCUCGACUCCCCGCCGGCCAACGAGGCGCUGCUCGAGGUGGCGCAGAAGCUGCGCGAGAACGACAUACCCUGCUCGGCCCACCAGAUGUCGUCGGGCUACCACGUCAGCCACGAGCCGCCCAAGUCGCGCCACGUCUUCCACUGGAACCGCUACCGCUUCCCCGACCCGGAGGCCUUCCUGGCCGAGUACCGCCGCCAGGGCAUCCGCGUCAUCGCCAACAUGAAGCCGUACGUGCUCAAGUCGCACCCGGAGCACCAGAAGCUCGCCGACGCCGGGGCCUUCUUCACCGACCCCAUCACCGGCACCUACGGCGAGACCCCGCUGUGGAGCGCCGGCGGCGGCACCAGCAGCAUGGGCAGCCACAUCGACUUCACCUCGGCCGCCGGCUUCAAGUGGUGGUACGACGGUGUGCGCCGCAUGUGCGAGCAGGGCGUGGCCUGCAUGUGGAACGACAACAACGAGUACACAAUCACCAGCGACGACUGGCGCCUCCGCCUGGACCUGGACCUGCCCGGCAUCGCCGCCGCCGGCGCCGACGACAGCUCCGCGGCCGCCCGGGCCAGGCCCGACGUCGGCCUCUGGGGCCGUUACAUGCACACGGAGCUGCACGGCAAGGCAUCGCACGACGCCAUGGUGGACCACGACCCGGACACGCGGCCCUUCGUCCUGACGCGCGGCGCCACGGCGGGCACCAUGCGCUACGCCGCCAGCACCUGGAGCGGCGACAACAUCACCAGCUGGGACGGCAUGAAGGGCGCCAACGCCCUCUCCCUCAACGCCGGCAUGUCCCUGAUUCACUGCUACGGCCACGACAUCGGCGGCUUCGAGGGCGAGCAGCCUUCGCCCGAGCUCCUCCUCCGCUGGGUCCAGCUCGGCUGCCACUCGCCCCGCUUCGCCAUCAACUGCUUCAAGACGGGCAACGACAGCACCGUCGGCGACGUCAUCGAGCCCUGGAUGUACCCCGCCAUCACCCCCCACGUCCGCUCCGCCAUCAAGCGCCGCUACGAGAUGAUACCCUACAUCUACUCCCUCAUGCUGGAGGGCCACCUCACCGCCGUGCCGCCCCAGCGCUGGACCGGGUGGGGCUACGAGUCCGACCCGGUCGUGUGGACGUCGGACGUCACCAACGGCGAGACCCAGUACUGGCUUGGAGGCUCCCUCCUCGUCGGCGGCGUCUACGAGCCCGGCGUCAACCGGUCGAGGGUCUACCUCCCCAAGGGGUCCGACCAGGACGACGGCUACAUCAACAUCAACGCCCCCUUCCAGCAUAUCCCCGCUGGCCAGUGGGCCGACAUCGACGCCGAGUGGCACGGCGCCGGCAUCCCCCUGCUCGCCAAGGUCGGCACCGUCAUCCCCGUCGGCCGCGACGUCCAGGUCCUCAGCGCCGGGGAGAAGGAUAACGUCGCCUCCCUCCCCCUGGAUGACUACCGCGCCGUCGAGAUCUUCCCCCCUCCCACCUCGUCCGCCGGGAAGUGGUACGCCGACUCGUGGUACGAGGACGACGGCGUCAGCUCCGUGCAGAAGAACAGGAUCUCCCAGUACAAGUUCUCCUACACGGCCACAGACGACAAGGUCACCGUCAAGUUUGACAGGGACGAAUCGUCCGGCUUCGUGGCUCCCUGGAAGACCCUCGUCGUCAUCCUCCCCGCCGGAGACGACAGGGUCGUCACCAGCGACGGGGCCAAGGUGACCGAGCUGGCCAAGGAUGUCAAGGGCAGGAGACGCUUCGAGCUGUCUUGA